CAAUCAACAGUACAAAGGAGGUGUUAACUUUUCACACGGUCUGCACGCUGCAGUAACCAAUGACAGUCGUGUAGUAUUUACAGGGGAUCAGAGGAGCGUGCCUGUCCAUUGAGAUAGCAUUUUGUGCCGUCAUUUUUAUGUAGGACCGUGCCCGAGCAUUGUGCUAGAAUAUUGUGCCGUCAUUUCUUGAACCUACAACCAUCUCACCAUGUCUACUAGUGCCUUCGCUAGUUCGAUGCUGCUGCUGGGUGUACUUCUAGUCGGACUUUGUCUGGCCCAUCCAAUCAGCAACCAGGAAACCCCGGGAUCAUAUUCAGACGGACCAGCAUGUACCAUUGGACCGUUGGGAAUGGAGAGUGGGGCGAUCCCUGAUGGGAGUAUUACUGCAUCAUCAUCUCAUUCGGCGACAUAUUUACCUCCACAAGCUCGACUCAAUGAAGGAAGCAGCUAUACCAAAUGGAUACCAACUGCAGAGGAUGCAGCAGACUCUUGGAUUCAAGUUGAUCUUGGACUACCAGGCCCAGUCGUUACUGGACUGAUUGUACAGGGUCAUUCAUCAUACUACAUGGAAACCUUCAGCGUUAAGUACAGUUCAACGGGAGAAUCUGAAAGCUGGCAUGACUUGGAGAAUGCAGACGGAGAAACCGUACAGUUUAACGGGAAUGUCGCUGAUGGUGAACGAGUAACUGUCACCUUCCCUGAGAUAUUGAGGACCAGAUUCCUUCGAAUAAUGACACUGACUUGGACUAAUUCUUAUCCUUACUUUGCAUUUGAAGUUCUUGGAUGCCGAGAUGGUAUCAUCCGGCUAGCUGGAGGUGAUGACGCACUUAGAGGUCGAGUCGAGAUUUACCAUGACGGUGCUUGGGGUGCGGUAUGUGAUACAAACUGGGACAUACAAGAUGCGACUACUGUAUGCUGGCAGCUUGGUUUCCUAGAGGCAAGUGAGGCAAAGAUUGGAUCAUUUUACGGAGCGACAGAACUUCCUAUUGUAAUGGAUCGAGUUGCUUGUAAAGGGACGGAGCCAUAUCUUUCCUGGUGCCCAUUUCUUUGCAGGGAAAACGAUCCAUGCACCAGCACUGCUGGAGUAGUCUGCAAACCAAACACUGUAAGGCUUGUGGACGGACCAACCAGGGGAAGUGGAAGGGUUGAGGUCAAUGUGAAUGGUACAUGGGGCGCCAUCUGCGACAAUGAGUGGGACUUGACUGAUGCUGGGGUCGUCUGCAGACAGCUGGGUUACCCUGGUGCCAGGCAGGCAAAGUCGGAUGCUUUCUUCGGUCAAGGGAGUGGUCCCAACUUAAUGGAUCGGGUUGCGUGUGACGGUUCCGAGGCCAAAAUCACAGAGUGUCCAUCACAUUGCUGGAAAAAACCAAAGUGCAGAAACACAGAAACUGCCGGAGUAACCUGUUAUAAAGGUUGGCGAGAAUCGGUUUACUUUUUGCAGGAAUCUUUGCAGUAAAUGUUAAGAAACCGUGAAGGAGCCUGGAACGCCAAUGGCAGUGGUGUUUCAAAGUUAAACAUCACACACGUCAUGGUCUGCCUAACUUUGGUAUCAAGUGUUAGGACCUGUGCAUUGACGUUUCAUUUUAUUCGUAAGGAUAAAUGUAACAAUCAAACGGAGAUAUUAAUUGCUUCUUAUAAUCAAGAAUUGUUAUUAUUACACGAUUACAAUCAUUAAUCAAACGUGUACCGUGAAUAAUAUUUAUCGGUAUAAUCAGUAAACAUAGGAGGCUACUCAUUUCUUUGUAGUGGGGGUAUACUGUACUUCAAGGAUAAUCGUCUGUCUGGAGUACACGGUGGGUCUGUCCGUUCAGAAUGAAUGGCAUCAGUUCUGUACGAUUAAGGGAAUGGGGAUUUGUAAAGAGGCGGACUUAAGCAUGGUCUGUAAGGGAACAGUGUAGAGUGACGGGAGGUGCUAAUAAUUAAUGUGCAAAACACCGGAGCAAUUAAGGAUGAGAAUCACAUCCAAAUUAUUUCUCUUCUAAUGAGAGGCCUGUGAGACGAAAGAGGGCGUCCCACUCACCGCUCCUUUUCCUUUGUUCUCAACUCUCAAGUUACUUAUGAACACAAUACCAUAUUAUCUCAUCAAGCAUGUCUAUCUUUGCACACAAUGGAUACAAUAUAUUAGGACAAGAGAAGCAAAGUAUGAUUGAGUGUAUCUGGUUACAGAACUCAAUCAGAUUGCAGUUGGGCCAAUACGAAUUCAGGAUAUAGGUUUGAGUGGAAUAACCAGGCCCUCUAUGCCAUAGGGGUUAUUUUCGUUGCAUGUCACAGGAGACCAAACAGAGAUGGUGUCUGCAUGGUGAUGGUCUUUAAAGUUGUACGUAUAUCUUAGUAUUAUUACAGACUCUAAACUAUAGUUAAUAUGUAGAAAAUGAUAACUAUAAAAUGCAAGCCUAAUUUCAUAGCACUGCUGACUAUUUAACAGUCAGUUCAGGUAAAUAAAUGACAUAGUUGCUC